UUGUCUUGUUUAUGUUUUUGAAACUAUGAACGGAUUCCCGCUUUUCCCAACGUAAAAUAGAAUUAUUUACAUUUUAAUCUACUCAGAUUUGCCAUUUAUUAACUUUGUUGACAUAAAGUAGUAGAUUCAAAUGAACUUACUGAUCUUCGAAAAUAUUUGUCUUUAGUUAAACUCUUGAAGAAUGGAGAAUGAAUCUAUGGAUUUUAGCAGUGUGCCAGCAGAGCCUCCAGAUUUGGACCUAAUAGAAUCUCAUAUAAAUUCAUUAAACCUCAAAGAAUCAUCAGAAUUUUUAAAUCACAUUCAAUCGAUUUGUGCAGCAGUGCACCAAUUUGAACUGGCCACUGUAGAGAGCAACAUACUAUCCAGAAUAUUGCCUAUAAUACAUGAUAGAAUUGAACAGAAUUUUAGCAAGAAUCUCUCAAUUUUUGAAAUUAUAGAUGACACUGUCAGUAUAAAAAAUAGCCUUCAGGAAGUGUUCCAAUUAACAGAAGCAAUACAAGAAAUUUCUAAUUUUAUUUUAGGACAAAGUUCCAUUAAUAUAGGUAAUAUUCAGUCCUUGGCUGAUUUUCUUCCUAAAUAUAUACAAUUAUUUGCUACGCAUUACAAUAGUUCAAAUGAGUACAAAGAUACUUACCUAGAUGAACUAUCUAAUAUAAUAGUGGUGUUAAAACAUUUUUACACAAGCUUCUUGUAUAUAUUAGGAUCAUCUUUGAGUUUAGAAGAGGAUGAACAUGAUAUAAAAUUGCUAGCAGAAGUUAUUUUGGCUUUAUGUCAUAUGCCCAAUAUUUGGCAACCUUUAGAUAAAUCUGUAAUUUUCUCAACGUGGAAGUGCCUUGGCGCUAUCAUCACAAAAUACUCCAGUUUAUUAGCAAAUCAUUUAGAUGUAAAUAUACCUAUAAGGCUUUUGACUACUAAUGUAUGCCAAAUAUUAGAACAAUUUGCAAAAGAGGACCCAGAUUACCAGUUUGAAAUAAAGAAAGUUACUUUCCUUUUGAAAGUUGUAUUUAAGGUUUGGACUUUUGAGUUUUAUGAGAAGAUAAGUUCUUUUGCGUCUGAACUGCUUGUUUUUUAUGUCAAGACCCUGAGCUUCUCACAAGAAUAUCUCAAGUUUCAUCAAAUACCUGAUGAAAUUAUUGAUUUAAUGGAAACCAAUGUUUACAGUGUUCUAGAAAAAUAUUUGCAGCACCUUAUGCUAGGACAAGUAAACGUUUUUAAGGAACAACUUCUAAACUUAUCAAAAUGCCUUAAGUUAUCAGAAACCAACCACUCAUAUGGUUUUCUAAUGUUAUUUAAUCUGUUAUUAAAGAUCAUAGCUAAUGAUAACUCUGAUUGGUCUACCAUUAUAUAUCCAAUCAUUACGGAAAUUUUUGAGGCUCUUAAACAGUGUAGACAAGAAUUAUUUUGGAAACCUUACAAUCAUGGAGUGUACGACACUUUAAUUGUAAAUCUAACGGCUGCUAUUUUAGUACAUGACGCUGAUUGUCAAUGUCCUGAACUAUUAAUUAAAUACUUAUUGCAGAAUAAUCCCUUUAUAUCAAUAUUUUCCCUAGAGGUCUAUACUUUGUUAAUAAGGAACAUUUCCUCUCAAGACUGUAUUUGCUUACUAAUUAAUCUUUUGUAUAGCAUAGAAGACCUGACUAUAGGAUAUUUCACUCAUAGGCCAGAAAUGGUUUAUUUAACGCACCUUCUACAUAGAAUAUUCGCACUUUUGCCAGAUCCUUUAAAGGAGCAAAUAUUAGAAAUAUUUCCGCCUGAUCAGCAUAUACAGGUGUGGAGGUUUUUAGGAUUCAGAAGUGUCCCUAAAUAUAAAAUGAAAGAAAUUAUGCAGCCCGUUAUUGAUAACACUUCAGCAAGUAUAAAACCAGCUGGUCCAUCAUUUGAUGAGAAUUAUAUUAUAAAUAUGGGCGAGGGGCUACACCUUAUAUCUACUGCCAAAGAAUUAAAUUUUCAUGACGAAAGUCUCAAAGAAAUAGUCACAUUUCUUGAAUCAUUUUGGACCAGAGAAUUCGGAGAUGAUGUCUUGGAUAAUAACUGGUUUAAAUAUUUUAUAUUUAAGGUUGAUGCCCUCACUGUUAUUUGUAUACAAAAUAAUCUUUUAAGUUCACAACUGGUCUUUUCAAAACUUAAAAUCCUUGCGAAAAAUAGCUCAUACUGGAUACCGAUAUUUAAAAUAAUUUCACUGCUGCUAAAUUCAAAUCUAAUUAAUAAACAGGACAUUAUUGCUCAAAUAUCCGAUCUGCUGCCACUUGUGAUGGGAAAAACUAUUUGGCUGGAAGAAAACUAUUUAGAGAUGCUACUAAACUUAAAUACUCGCGACAACGAAACUUUAAAUAUGCUACUAGACAAGUUAAAACCAGAUAUAGCCCAAAAAGUUUUUGAAUAUAUCGGAUCGUUUAAACGGAAACAGGAUAAUAUAAAUCUAGUGCAAGCGUUUGAAUUACUAGGAAUUGCUUCAAAGUUUGAACAUAAAUGCAUACUUUGGAAUAAAAACUUAUCAGUUCAAGAUAACGUUAUACCAGUACAGAGAAACUUUAAGUUUGAUAGUGCUAAGGCAAAUAUACCAAAUAAAAGGCGAGUUACAGAUGCACCUGUAAUUCACCAAUCAAAAACCAGAAAAACAGAAACUCUUAGUAGCAUCGAUAAUGACGACGAAGACUCUUGCGCAUCAGAAGUUAUCAGCCGUUUAAAAGGAGAAGUAAAAUGUUUAGUAAAAGUGUGUUAUCGCGAAAAGUUAACUGCAAAAAACUGUGCCGAUUUGCGAUUGCUUAUGGGACAGAUCUCUUCUGUUAUUCGAUAAUUUUAAGUGUAAUUUUUUUAUGUAGGCCUAGAAUUUUUAAAUAAAAUUUCUAAAUAAACUUAAAAUAUUUAUUAA